UUUCUUCAAUUUUGUUUCUUUGAAAGCUGAGGAAUUAAGCUUCAUAUUUGGCAAUCAAAUUCAUCAAUUUAUUUGUGAUGUUAAAUUUAAGGGUAAAGCCAAAGGCAAUGGCAGAGGGAGAAGAGGAUUUGCCUAGGGAUGCUAAGAUUGUCAAGUCGCUGUUGAACUCUAUGGGCGUUGAGGAAUAUGAACCUAGCGUUAUCCAUCAGUUUCUUGAGCUGUGGUACCGCUAUGUCGUGGAUGUAUUGACGGAUGCGCAGGUUUACUCCGAGCAUGCCGGGAAGCAAACUAUUGAUUGCGAUGAUGUUAAGCUUGCUAUUCAAUCUAAAGUCAAUUUCAGCUUCUCACAGCCCCCACCCAGAGAGGUUGUUUUGCUUGAAAAUGUGCUUUUGGAGUUGGCUAGAAAUAGGAACAAAGUUCCAUUGCCAAAGGCAAUACCGGGACCUGGAAUUCCCCUACCACCUGAGCAGGAUACAUUGAUAAGCACAAACUACCAAUUUGCCAUCCCUAAGAAGCAACCGGCUCAAGCACUGGAAGAGACUGAAGAUGAUGAAGCGAGUGUUGAACCGAAUUUGUCGCAAGAAGACCGAUGUGCCACACCCAACAUCUCAGAGAGUAUCGUUUACUCUCACUAAGCGCUCCAAGUGAGGAUACGUUUUUGUACGAUAUUUCAUCACACCAUCUAUGUAGGAUAUGCUUUAAGCUUCAUCAUAUGUUCAUCAAAGAGAAGUUGGUGUAUCAUCUGAUAUCAUGAUGUAAUGGAAUGGAUCUUUUGUAAUCUGGUCAAGUUUUUGCUUCCAAUGUUAGUGUUGCAAUUUGUGCAA